CUUUCGGGGGCGAGAAAAAGGAGUCUUCGCUUCGGCAAGUGCGGAUCGUAUAACUUAACUCCAGACUGUCCACCGAGUCGUUUCGCAGUCUGUCGCGAGAUUUUCGCUGGACAAAAUUAAACAGUCCGAUCAACUGAAGUUCCAAACGUUAGUAUCCAAGUCGGUGUUGUGUGCAUUGUAAGCAACAGAAUGGCACCUUUAGCUCCAGUUCAACGGUUUAUCCAACAUGGUGCGCACAAGGGCAAGGGAAUUGCCGUCUUCACCAGCGGUGGAGAUUCUCAGGGCAUGAAUGCGGCCGUCCGUGCCGUAGUUCGUAUGGGCAUUUACGUCGGAUGUAAGGUCUACUUCAUCCGCGAGGGUUACCAGGGCAUGGUCGAUGGCGGUGAUAACAUCAUCGAAACCAACUGGGCCUCGGUAUCCAGUAUUAUCCAUCGCGGUGGCACCGUGAUCGGUUCGGCUCGAUGCAUGGACUUCAAGGAACGUGCCGGGCGCGUGAAAGCGGCCUACAACUUGGUCAGCCGUGGCAUUACGAAUCUGGUGGUGAUCGGCGGUGACGGUUCCCUGACCGGUGCCAACCUGUUCCGGCAGGAGUGGUCCAGCUUGCUGGACGAGCUGCUGUCGACAGGUAAGAUCAAUCAGGAUCAGCGGACGAAGUACAAGAGUCUGCACAUUGCCGGCAUGGUCGGCUCGAUCGAUAACGAUUUCUGCGGUACGGACAUGACCAUCGGUACGGAUUCGGCCCUACAUAGGAUCAUCGAAGCAAUCGACGCCAUCGUGAGCACCGCCUACUCUCACCAGAGAACCUUCAUCAUGGAGGUCAUGGGCAGACACUGUGGUUAUCUUGCGGUAGUCGCCGGCCUAUGCAUUGAGGCUGACUACAUUUUCAUUCCCGAAGAUCCACCAAAACCCGAUUGGCCCGAAAGAAUGUGCAACCAAUUGAGUCAGGAGCGGUCCGCUGGUCAAAGAUUGAACAUCAUUAUCGUAUCGGAGGGCGCCAUCGAUCGCGAAGGUCAACCGAUUACGGCCGAAAAGGUCAAACAGGUGGUGGUGGACAAGCUCCACCAGGACACCAGGAUCACGGUGCUGGGUCAUGUGCAGCGUGGAGGCAAUCCAAGUGCUUUCGAUCGUGUUCUGGGUUGCCGCAUGGGUGCCGAGGCGGUGCUAGCGCUGAUGGAAGCGGACGACAAAACCGAACCGUGCGUUGUAUCGCUGGACGGAAACCAAGCCGUGAGGGUGCCGCUGAUGGAAUGCGUCCAGCGCACCAAGGCCGUUGCCCAAGCUAUGGCCGACAAAAACUGGGAAAUGGCCGUUGAACUCCGUGGUCGAUCGUUCGCCCGAAACUUGGAGACCUACAAGAUGUUGACCCGCCUGAAGCCCCCGAAGCAGGCUUUCGAUUCCGAUGGCCGCGGUGUUGGUGGUUACACCAUGGCCGUUAUGCACAUCGGUGCUCCGGCGUGCGGAAUGAACGCAGCAGUUCGAUCAUUUGUCAGGAACUGCAUCUAUCGGGGUGACACCGUGAUGGGCAUCCACGAUGGUAUCGAAGGUCUGGUUACCGGUAACAUCAAGAAUAUGGGAUGGUCCGAUGUGACUGGCUGGGUCGGUCAGGGCGGUGCUUUCCUGGGUACCAAGCGUACCCUUCCAGAGGGCAAGUUUAAAGAAAUCGCUGCUAGGCUCAAGGAGUACAAAAUCCAAGCGCUUCUAAUUAUUGGUGGAUUUGAAGCUUACCAUGCUGCUGGUCAGCUGGCGGAUCAACGCGACAACUUCAAGGAAUUCUGCAUUCCUAUUGUGGUCAUCCCGUCGACUAUUUCCAACAACGUUCCUGGAACAGAGUUCUCUCUCGGUGCCGAUACCGGUCUCAAUGAAAUUACUGAAAUUUGCGACCGCAUUCGUCAAUCUGCCCAAGGUACAAAACGGCGUGUUUUUGUUAUUGAAACCAUGGGAGGCUACUGCGGCUAUUUGGCCACGUUGGCUGGUUUAGCCGGCGGUGCUGACGCUGCCUACAUCUACGAGGAGAAAUUCUCCAUCAAGGACCUGCAACAGGAUGUUUACCACAUGGCAUCCAAAAUGAGUGACGGUGUCCAACGUGGCUUGAUUCUACGUAACGAGAAGGCUUCGGAUAACUACAACACAGAGUUCAUCUACCGUCUGUAUUCAGAGGAGGGUAGAGGCCUGUUCUCCACCAGAAUGAACGUACUGGGACACAUGCAACAGGGUGGCUCGCCGACGCCGUUCGAUCGUAACAUGGGUACCAAGAUGGCGGCCAAGUGUGUUGAGUGGUUGGUGGAGCAACUGAAGGCCAACACCCAACCGGACGGAAGCAUCUGCGCCAAGAGUCCCGACACGGCCUGUCUGCUGGGAUUGGUUCGCCGUCAAUACAAAUUCUCACCACUCAAGGACAUGAUUGGCGACACGAACUUCGAACAACGCAUCCCCAAGCAGCAAUGGUGGCUGAAGCUGCGCCCAUUGUUGAGAAUCCUGGCCAAGCACGAUUCCACCUACGAGGAGGAAGGCCUUUACAUAACCGUCGACGAGGAGAUGUCCACCGACUCACCGGUGGCCUAAGCCUAACCCCGUAAAACCGAAAGUUGUUAGUGUAGUUUUACUAUUUACAUCAAGAAACGGUAUUAGACUGUCCCCAUCGUAAGCCACUUGCUCCUCUACUUCAUCCAGACAUUGAAGGGGAACCAACAAAUAAACCCCAAAGAAAAAAUACCUCAUCGUUGAUACGAGCAGCGUAAACAUAGGAGAGGUAGAACAAUAACCUAACCCUAAGAUGUGGAAAAUGUUAUCAAUGUGCACCCAGUGGAUCGUUAGUUAAUACUCUUAUCAAAGUGAAUGAUCAAAUCGCAGUAAUAAAUGUAGUGAAAUUCAAUUACAUAGAUCAUAGUUCCGAUGCCAGUUUAAAUCUUAAUUCAAAUAGUUUAAUUAGUUAUUCAGUCGUGCAAAUACAGUGAUCAUUAUCAACUUCAUGACAAGAUAUUCAGACAUCAGCAACUGCACGAUAAUCUCAUUGUUUUUAAAUCAGUGUUGUGAAAAAUUCGGUUCUAACUUAUUUCGAUGUAUUAAUCGCAGUGUGAAAAAAAUAUUUAUUCGAUCGCCUUUUUUGUUGUUUUUACCCUCAACAAUUGUAAGUAUUACUUAGGUUUCUUUUCAGCUAGCUCAAAGCUAUUAAAUUAAUAAAGAUGAUUAUGCAAAAAAAAA